AUGAAACACAGCAUCCCAGAAGCCUUUUGGGUCACAGAAUCCGAAGGGAUUACUAAGGCCAAGAAUUUUCUUGAACAAAUUGAGGAAUGUUUUGCUAAAAACGAUAAGGUUGAAAUGACAACACUUCUAGGUUCUUUGAUGACCAUGAAGUAUAAGGGUCACGGAAAUGUAAGGGAGUACAUUAUGGAAAUGCAUCAUAUUGUCUCAAGGCUUAAGACACUUAAGGUUGAGCUUUUUGAUGAUGUGCUUAUGCUUAUGGUUUUGUUAACGCUUCGUGCACAGUUUAACCAAUUUAAAAUUAGUUACAACUGUCAAAAGGAGAAAUGGACUCUCAAUGAGCUCAUUUCCCACUGUGCGCAAGAGGAAGAAAGGUUAAAAAAGGACAAGACUAAAAGUACUACUCGACCAUUGCCUCUAAGGAUAAGGGCAAGAAAAGGAAAUCUGAGAAUGAAGCUGCUAAAGGUCCAGCCCAAAAGAAACAACAAAAGGAUUCAGAGGGUUGUUUCUUUUGCAACAAGCUUGGACAUGUGA